AUGAGUGAGCAAUUAAAGACUGUCUCUGCCAUGAACAAAUUAUAUAUUGGAAACCUCCCUAUUGAAGCUGAUGAAGCGGCCGUGAGGCAGCUAUUUGCAGAACAAAACUUAACUGUAGCUGAUAUCUCAGUGAAAAGGGGCGGCUAUGCCUUCGUUGACUUUCCUGACCAGUCGGCAGCGGAUCGCGCUAUAGAUAAAUUACAUGGUUACUCCUAUUGUGGACUGCCUCUAAUUGUGGAGCCGUCAGUAGCUAGCAAGAAAAUUAUGAACGUGCCAAAUCUACAAAGCGCGAGUGCCACUCAGUUAAAGGAAAGCAGCACAGAUUCUCCAACUGGUGGAUGGAGGAGUGCCCGAGGCACGUGGCCGGGCGUGAGCCGCGCUCGCGGCGCGCCCACGUGGCCGAUCAAUAGCCCGCCUCGGCUGCCCGGCGCGGCGCAUGCACCCGCCGCCCGCCGCCUACCCUCGCGCACUCAUAGACAGCCCGCUUCAAGCUAA